AAUUCAGUAUUUGAAAAUUCAAAUGCUUUAUUUUAAAUUCUUGUUGAGCAAUAGACGUUUAUUAUCUAAAUAGAAGUAAAAUAUAGGUAUUAAAUAUCACAAAUUAGAAUCUCAAAGUUAGUAAUUCACAAAAUGAGCGGCAUGGAAAUGGAAAUUAUUGAAAUAAGCUCAACAAACUCUGAAAUUCUCGGAGAUGAUAAUAUGAAAGAAAUUGAACUCGAAAAACUAUCAAGUUUAUCAAGAAGUCGUCAUAGUCUUAAUUUAUAUGAUCUGGGUGUUUGUGGGAUUAAAUCUGAAGCUGAAAAAGAUUCUCAGAUAAUGUCCGAGUAUGAUACCAUUCUCAGAAAAGAAAUUGAUCAGUGGAGAGAUCUUUUAAAAAGUACAAAAGAAAGAAUAAAAACAAACGAAAACGCUACUUUGGAGUUGAAAGAAGAAAUAUUAACAAAAGAGCAUAUAGAUCACAUUAAUCAAAGACCGAACUUUGAAAAUUUUUUAAAAGGCUUCGAAGAAUUUAAUAUAAAAUGCUACAAUUUCUUCGAAAUUUAUGAAAAAACUUUAGAUGAUCAAAAAAAUUUAAUAAAAGAAUACCAAGAUGUAAUAAAAAAGGAUACUUUGGUUAAUUACAUGUGGGAAAUUUAGUUUUCAGUGGCAAAAUCAAGUUUUACAUUUUAAGCAUAUUGUGCUUUUGUUUUUAAAGAAUUUUCCGGAAUAAAAAUUUUUUGUAAUACAUAUACAUAUAUAUAUACACAACAAUUUUAUAAUAAUUUACAUAAUGCUGAA